GUGCCUCUCUAUUUAUGACGCGCUCGUGACGCGCCGUAAAAACCCUCUAUUAUGGUUUUGUUUCACACCCGGAAGUACCGCACGCUCGCUUUUGCGCUCUCCUCUCUGCCGCCUUCUUCUGGCAGACAGGAGUUUAACUUCUUCCUCUAUAUUGGCAGCAUAAUUUCAUUAACCACUGAGUGAGCAGUCACUUGGAUUGAAGGUAAACGGGCUUGCCUAAUUCUUUUUCGCGGAGCCGUGGGCGAAGGCUGAGCGGAUCCGCUGCCAUCCCAUCCGCCGUCAGUCAGUGACAUUGACACAGUAGGUAGGUAGUGUUGUGCUGCUGCUGCUGUUGGUGCUGUGCACAAACAAGUUCGUGCUCCGGAGCGCUCCCCCCGCAGUUCCCCAAGCCCUCAGCUACAAUGAGCGAACAUUUCAGCCUGUCAGACUGCGACGUUAUCGGCUUCGACCUGGACCACACGCUCUGCCGCUACCAUCUGAAGGAGACCUCCAGGCUAAUCUAUGAAAGCUUUGCCCGGUAUUUGGUGGAGCAUAAAGCAUAUGACAAGGACCUGAUGAACCUAACUCCUGCCACUUGGGAUUUCUGCUUUAAAGGCUUAGUGGUGGAUCUUGAAGACGGAAACCUUGUGAAGUUGGCUGAGGAUGGAACUGUCUUGCGAGCAACACAUGGGACCACUGACCUCAGCACAGAGGAAAUCCUCAAACAUUAUGGCCCAAAAAGAGAAUGGAAGCACUUCAACAGUCUCAGUACUUCCUUCACCAGAUCUGCAAAAUAUUAUUUCUAUGACAACUACUUUGAUCUUCCUGGGGCCCUCCUCUGUGGAAGAGUUGUGGACAUGUUGCACAAGCAAGGUAAUGAGGUGAAUUCUGACUUUUGGAAAGACAUGGUGGCUGCCAUUGACCACAACUACAACACAUCUGCAUUCAAAGAGGACGCAGGGACAUACUUCCCCAGUGUGAAGAGGGACCCUGGCCGGUACCUGCAGCCUUGCUCCGACUCUGUAAAGGCCUGGCUGCGUACCAUGAAAAAUGCUGGGAAGGUUCUCCUUCUCAUCACCAGCUCCCACAGUGACUACUGCAGGCUGAUCUGUGAACACAUCCUGGGGAAGGAUUUUGAGGAACUGUUCGACAUAAUCAUCACGAACGCCCUGAAACCUGGGUUCUUCUCCUUAGUGCCCCAUCAGAGACCUUUUAGAACCCUAGUGAACGAUGUGGAGGAGAGUGAGGGAUUGCCGUCACUGGACAAGCCUGGCUGGUACUCCCAGGGCAACUGGCCACACCUCCACGAGCUGCUCAAGACCAUGACAGGGAAACCAGAGCCCAAGGUAGUGUAUUUCGGAGAUAGCAUGAGAUCGGACAUGUUCCCCGCCAGCAGCUUUGGAAAGUGGGAGACAGUGAUGAUAGUGGAGGAAAUGGAGGGGGAGGGCGUUCCAAGGAGCAAUGCAGCAAUGUCCAACGAAGCUCAAGUGGAGCCACUGGAGAAAAAAGGAAAGUUUGAGGGGCAAGGCAUGAAGUCACCCUCUGCUGUCUCUAACCAGUGGGGCUCCUACUUCGUCGACUUACAUAAAAGCGGAGGAGGAGACGAGGAGACUCAGAAACUGACCUGGUGCUGCCACUGCAUUCACAAGUACAGCACCAUGGCUAUCCCCAGUGUUGAGCACAUAGCAGAUCUUCCUCUGGAUUACAAGUUCCCCAGGUUUUCCCCCGACAAGCCCUGCACCACUGGCUACUACCCCAGGCCCCCGGAUUCACUGUUGAAGAGGUGCCAUAGUCUGUCAUAAAAAAAUAGUAAAAAAAAAAAGUCCUCCCUUACCCCUCUGCCUCAGGAGAGGAAUGUGCCUCCAGUUUUGCCUGUAGUUUCCCACCUUACUCCACCAUCAUCUGUGGAGCACAGGAAGCAUAUGCUCCUCACCUGUUCAGAGAAACCAUGUGAAUGUAAGCCACAUUAUCUAUCUGUAAUAACACCAACAUUUGAACGUAGUUUUGUGGUUUAGUGUACUGUACACGUGGAAAUACAACAAAAUAAGUGAGUGUGCGUAUCUGCAUAAAGUAAUAACAUAGUGUUCUUAUUGUUUGUGUGCGAGUCGCCAGCUGCUUAAUUGCCCUAGUAGAUUGUUUAAAUACCCAAUUUCUUUGAACUUCUCUAAAAUAAAGUGAAAAAUUAACCUUUUUGUUCCCAAAGUGAUUACCUCAAAAAUGUGAUCUACUAUAAGCAAACAGAAGUUGGUGUCCCUUAGUCUUUUGAAAUCAUAGUGUUAGUAUUACUGUACAACACGUGUGGAGUCCUUUUAUUUGUUAGAUAUGGUUUACUUGUAUGCAUUUAGUAACCUUAACAAAAGGUUUAAGGUCUAUCGUUUCCCAUGUGUCAGUUUCGUGGAAGGUGUUUCAUCUACUAGCACAAACUGUCCUUUGUGUCAGCUGUUUCAAAAAACACAACUUUCGGAAACAAUAAUAAUAAUAAUGGAUGAUGACGACUAUGCUAGAUGUUCUCUGUAUUACUUUUGGUGCAACAGUGACAUGUGCUCUUUGAGUGAUUGUGUAAAAAUGUGGACUACUUGUUCAUUCAUUCAUAUGCGAAAUGAGAUAUGCUUUAACCGACUGCUGAAUGGUUGUUUUGUCAGGGUGCAAUGUCAAGAUUUUCCAUAACAUUUAAGGAUGCUACCGCAGAGGACUGGUAUCAAAUUUAUCUUUGUACAGUAGUUUUGAGCUUAGCUUAGCACUGAGAGUGAACCACAGGAAAAACCUCCAUCCAGUGUGGGACGAUAGAACUUCGUGCUCGAAGGAAGCUUGUCAUUGGCAUACAGAUCACGUUCAAGAAUCAUUGGAGUUUUCAAUAACAGAGGUUGUUGCAAACUAAUGGUCUUCAUUAACUUCAUAGUUCAUAUUAACUGAAGUCCAAAGCCAGGGAAACCGUUGGCACCAGAUCCAAACUAUAUUUGAAUGAACUUGACAACAAUUGAUUGCUUUAAUUCUGGUUGUAGCCUGUUGCUUCAAAUUGUAUGCCUGACAUCCUCACAACAGAGUUAUGAUUGAUUUUUAUUUUAAUCUUCUAUAGCUAUUUAACUCCAUUUGCAUUGAGACAACAGUCUAGAAUGCUUACUGUGUAUGUUUUUUGUAACUAGCUGCAUCGAAUCACAAAUUUGUUCAUUCUCAACUCAAAACCACAAUGACAUUUUUUCAACAAGGUACACAAGUACGUGAACAAGAUGCAAUAUGGAGUUAAUUUGAUCUCUGUGCUAAGUUAAGCUAAACACCCUGAAACUGCCUCUUUGCCAACCAUACAGAGACGAUACUAGUUAAUCUUCUCAUUCAGCUUUGAUUAAGUGGUCAAACAAAAAGAAUACUUUGACAAUAGGGACCAUAUAGCUGUCUGUAUGUACAUGAGAUUGGUCAUCCAAAGUGUAUUACUUGUGCUGUGUGUGGAAGUGUUUCCUGCAUACAGCUGUAGUGAUCACAUUCUCCAUUUCUCAUCUGAUCUGAAAGGUUUGACAUGGACACUUGCCUUAUGUUGGAUUUAUUUGUGGUCUUAAGUUGUUCAAAACACAGGGAAAGUUCAAUUCUGUGUUCAAAUGUUGCAGUAAUGUCAAUGAAAUAAAAUGUUCUACAAUUUUCUUA